CUUCCCCCAGGGGUUAUGGUAACCUGUGAUCGAGGCGUCUACAAGCUGAUCGAUGGGCAGGUUGAGCUUAAAACUUAUUUGAUAACGGAGAAAAUGUACACACGCAAUGCGUGCUUCAUAACGUCUGAAGGUCUGAAGGCAGCCUUGGAAUUUCCUGGAGUGCAUCGGCUUUACUCGGAAUCAAGCUCUAGAUAUAUAUUGCAAGUAAAUGAAGUAGAACAUAUAAGAGCGAGCGACAAAGUGCUAUACCUGCUUUUGAGGCGUGUUGAUGGGGGGAAGGUCGAUACUCUAAGUGCAUGCCUGCUCUCCGAGUCGUUGGUUCUGUUUACGCACAGCGUCAAUAACUUUCGCCUGGCGUCUGAAAUGGUCAACAAAGCCACUUAUCGCACAAGCCUAAGCAGCUACGUACAGAACACCUUUAAGAAGAUCUUCGAAGAAGCCAAGGCCAUGGAGUCGUCCACUCAAGGCAAGCUGGACCUCCUACGCAGCGUCAAUGGGGUACCCACAAAAAAGGAGCUCAAAAAACUAUUGAAAACUAGUGGAGUUGGUGGCCGCAUUUCGGGUGAACCGAAACUACCCGUUGAACCUACUAAGGUGCCACCAAAUCUGCUGCAGAUCCGUUCAAUCAACAUUAAUGGUCAGGACAUCCAAUUGGCCGACUACGGAGAAGUUAUCAUUGCUAACAUCUCAAGCGCUGAGAGCUUCGAGGAUCUAAUCACCAGUAUGGCCGAGCACUGGAAGCCAAACAUGUACAAGCUGAUGCUCCGAAUGACGCAGACCUUUGUGGAAGCACCGAAAAGGAGUUUUGGCUGAAGUACCACCUACCCACGGAAUCGGUGCUCUAUCAGAUCAUUCGACAAACACUGAAACACCAUGCGAGCUUGGACCACAAAGAAGUCUCGGAGGCAUUGCCUGAUAUUCUGAGAAGCGUGCGCUGCUAUUUCGCCUCCCGCACUCCCCUUUGUCCACCAGAGUUUCUGAAGAAGUGCCCCAAGUGCGUGGGUUACUACAAUGAGGGUAC